CCAACUUUCUGGGCCUGAAUCUCAAAGUUUAAAACGCACCAUUUCUUUCAGAGCCACCGGAGGUUUUACCGAUGAAGUUCACAGAUUCGCCGGUGAUCGACCUUACGGUGCUGGAUAAGAAACUCUCUGUUCAGCAAGACAACGGCUCGAUGCAUGUGGGCACCAGCGUCUGGCCAUGCUCACUCGUCGUCGUUAAGUUCGCCGAGCGCUGGCACCCGUCGGCGUACGCUGCCGCUGACAACCCCUACUCCGAUCUCCUCGACUUUAGAAACAAGAGCGGCGUCGAGCUCGGAGCUGGCUGCGGAAUCGCCGCUAUGGGCCUAUUCUUAUUGGGCCUCAACGACGUCGUCCUCACCGACAUCUCCCCCGUCAUGCCGGCCCUAAAGCACAACCUGAAGCGAAACAAGCAAGUUUUGAACAAAUCCCUGAAAACGGCUGUUUUGUAUUGGAACAAGGAGGAGCAGAUUAGGGCCUUAGGAAAGCUCUUCGACUUUGUCAUCGCCACUGACGUGGUUUACCUGGAGGAAACGGUGGGCCCUCUCAUCACUGCCAUGGAAUCUCUUCUCAAGGAAGACGGCGUCGUUUUGCUUGGCUACCAGCUUAGAUCUCCCGAGGCACACAAGAUGUUCUGGGAGCUCUGCCCGGAGGUUUUCGAUGUCCAGAAAGUUCCUCACGAGCAUUUGCACCCAGAGUAUGCUUACGAGGAGACCGACGUAUAUAUACUCCGGAAGAAGAAGAAACCAUAAUCUUCAAGAUCAAAUUUUUAUUUCAGAAGUACAGAGAAUAUCGAUUGCCCUGCAGACUGUCCAACAUAAUGAACAGAUCGUCUAAACGAUAAUGAAGCAAACAGUUUCACAUCUGAAAAGGUCCUUAUCUUCUUAUUGUACAGACGAAAUGCCAUAUUUUAAGUUGCUUUGUAUAAUUCUAUUGCUAUUCUUGUUCAUUGUUGUACCCUUUUUUUGUUCAAACUCAACUUUGAGUUUUCUAAUAAAGGUCUAAGCAACAUAUUCUAAAAGAUAUUGAAUCUGCAAGAUUUUUUAAACUUGAUCAUUUAAA